AUGAAUGACAGCGAUCUGGUGAACGAGACGGUAGAGAUCUCUCCGCUGCUUCCUUGGGCGGAUGACAACGGCACCGUUCUCGAGUUCUCAACCACCUCCGUCUCGCACCUGGAGUUUCCCGUGAACCCGUGGGACAUCAUGCUGUGCCUGUCCGGCACCGUGAUCGCGUGCGAGAACGCACUGGUGGUGGCCAUCAUCUUCUACACCCCGACGCUGCGCGCGCCCAUGUUCGUGCUCAUCGGCAGCCUCGCCACGGCCGACCUGCUGGCGGGUGUGGGAUUAAUCCUCAACUUCGCGUUCCAGUACCUUACCUCAUCCGACACCGUGAGCCUCAUCACCGUCGGCUUCCUCGUGGCCUCGUUCGCCGCGUCGGUCAGCAGCCUUCUCGCCAUCACCGUGGACCGUUACUUUUCCCUCUACAACGCGCUCACCUAUUUCUCCGAGAAGACGUUGCACUGCGUGCACCUGAUGGUGGCGUGCACGUGGGGCGUGUCCGUGUGCCUUGGACUGCUGCCGGUGCUCGGCUGGAACUGUCUCGAGGAGCCCGACACGUGCAGCAUCGUGCGCCCGCUGACCCAGCAGCACGUCACGCUGCUGGCCGCCUCGUUCUUCGUGGUGUUCGGGCUCAUGCUCAGCCUCUACUUCAAGAUCUGCAAGAUCGUGUGCCGCCACGCGCACCAGAUCGCCCUGCAGCAGCACUUUUUCAGCACGUCGCACCUCGUGGCCACCAAGAAAGGCGUCUCCACCCUCGCCAUCAUCUUGGGCACGUUCGGCGCCAGCUGGCUGCCCUUCGCCGUCUACUGCCUUGUGGGGAGGCCGGAGUACCCUUCCGUGUACACCUACGCUACCCUUCUUCCCGCCACUUACAACUCUAUGAUCAACCCCAUCAUAUAUGCCUACCGGAACGCGGACAUCCAGCGUGCGCUCUCAGUACUUUUCUGCGGUUGUUUUCAAACGAACGCCUCCUCCUGUCGCUCCCGGUCUCCGAGUGAGGUGUGA